AUGGCGUCUUCUAUGGCAUUGAGGAAGUUGGCCUCUGGCUCUUCGAUCUCCCGGCUGGCGCGGACCCAGCUCAGAACCUUUUCUUCUACUCGACCAGCUGCUCGUGUCAUCGCAAACGGACCGCUGAGAGCAAAGGAAGCCUCUCCCUUUGUCAGCUCCAAAUACCCCGUUAUUGACCAUGAGUACGACGCAAUUGUUGUGGGAGCUGGCGGAGCUGGUUUGAGAUCAACAAUGGGUCUCGCCGAAGCUGGCUUCAAGACUGCCUGUAUUUCUAAGCUCUUCCCCACACGAUCUCACACGGUAGCUGCCCAAGGUGGUAUCAAUGCUGCUCUUGGAAACAUGCACGAGGAUGACUGGAGAUGGCACAUGUACGACACCGUCAAGGGCUCCGACUGGCUGGGUGAUCAAGACGCUAUCCACUACAUGACCCGUGAAGCUCCUGCCUCCAUCAUUGAGCUUGAACACUACGGCUGCCCCUUUUCUCGAACUGAGGACGGAAAGAUCUACCAGCGAGCUUUUGGUGGUCAAUCCCAAAAGUAUGGCAAGGGUGGCCAGGCCUACCGAUGCUGUGCCGCCGCUGACCGAACCGGACACGCUCUUCUGCACACCCUCUACGGACAGUCUCUCCGAUACAAUGCCAACUAUUUCAUCGAGUACUUCGCCAUUGACCUGAUCAUGCAGGACGGCGAGUGCCGUGGUGUGCUUGCCUACAACCAGGAGGACGGCACUCUGCACCGAUUCCUUGCUAACAACACUGUUCUGGCCACCGGUGGUUACGGACGUGCCUACUUCAGCUGCACAUCUGCCCACACCUGUACCGGUGAUGGUAUGGCCAUGGUUGCCCGAGCUGGUCUGCCUAACCAGGAUCUUGAGUUCGUUCAGUUCCACCCCACUGGUAUCUACGGCGCUGGCUGCCUGAUCACCGAGGGUGCUCGUGGUGAGGGUGGUUACCUGCUCAACGGCGAGGGUGAGCGUUUCAUGGAGCGAUAUGCCCCCACUGCCAAGGAUCUUGCCUCUCGAGACGUCGUCUCCCGAUCAAUGACCAUGGAGAUUCGUGAGGGCCGCGGUGUCGGUGCUGACAAGGACCACAUCUUCCUGCAGCUCAGCCAUCUGCCUGCGGAAAUUCUCGCCGAGCGACUUCCCGGUAUCUCUGAGACCGCUGGUAUCUUUGCCGGUGUCGAUGUCACCAAGCAGCCCAUCCCUGUUCUGCCUACUGUCCACUACAACAUGGGCGGUAUUCCUACCCGCUACACUGGUGAGGUUCUUACCAUUGAUGAGAGCGGCCAGGACAAGAUUGUCCCUGGUCUGUUCGCUUGUGGUGAGGCUGCUUCAGUGUCUGUCCACGGUGCUAACCGACUGGGCGCCAACUCUCUGCUGGACCUGGUCGUCUUCGGCCGUGCUGUUGCCCACACCAUCCGCGACAACUUCAAGCCUGGCGAUAAGCUGAAGCCUCUCGCUGCCGACGCCGGUGCUGAGCACAUUGAGGUUCUGGACAAGGUCCGAACCUCUGACGGCCCCAAGAGCACCGCAGAGAUCCGCCUGGCCAUGCAGAAGACUAUGCAGACCGAGGUCAGCGUUUUCCGAACCCAGGAGAGUUUGGAUGAGGGUGUCCGCAGAAUGACCGAGGUCGACCAGACCUUUGACCAAGUUGGUAUCAAGGACCGCAGCAUGAUCUGGAACUCUGAUCUUGUUGAGACUCUUGAGCUGCGAAACUUGUUGACUUGCGCUGUCCAAACCGCCACCUCCGCCGCCGCCCGAAAGGAGUCCCGUGGCGCUCACGCCCGCGAGGACUACCCUGACCGUGAUGACCAGAACUGGAUGAAGCACACUCUCAGCUUCCAGAAGCAGCCCCACGGCAAGGUAGACUUGACAUACCGCAAGGUCAUUUCCACCACUCUGGACGAGAAUGAGUGCAAGCCUGUUCCUCCUUUCAAGCGUGUAUACUAA